AUGCAAGUGCCGGAGCAGACCACCGGAACCGUGAACCUGCCGGUGGGCCCGUGCUGCGCCUGCGCUUCGUCGCCGCCCACCUCCCCGCCGCCGCGCCACGGGAGGCUCAUCACCGUGCUGAGCAUCGACGGCGGCGGCGUGCGAGGGAUCAUCCCCGGCACCAUCCUCGCUUUCCUCGAACAAAAGCUUCAGGAGUUUGAUGGGCCAGACGCGAGGAUUGCGGAUUACUUCGACGUGGUCGCCGGGACGAGCACCGGAGGCCUGGUGGCCGCUAUGCUCACCGCGCCCAACGACCAGGGCCGCCCGCUCUUCGCCGCCAAGGACGUCAACAAGUUCUACCUCGAGCACUGCGCGAAUAUCUUCCCUGCCGUCUGCAAAGGACCACUGGGCUUGUUCAAGAGCAUGAUGGGACCCAAGUACAACGGCCAGCACCUGCACUCGGUCGUGAAGGAGCUGCUCGGCAACACGCGAGUCAGUCAGACACUCAAGAGCAUCGUCAUCCCCACUUUCGACAUCAAGCUCCUUCAGCCUACGAUCUUCUCGACCUACGAUGCCAUGAAGGAUGCCUCCAAGAAUGCCCUUCUGUCGGACGUCUGCAUCAGCACAUCUGCCGCGCCGACCUACCUCCCCGGCCACCAUUUCGAGACCAAGGACAAAGACGGCAACACCCGGGCUUUCAACCUCAUUGACGGAGGCGUCGCCGCUAACAAUCCGACCCUUGUGGCGAUGACCCAUGUAAGCAAGCAGAUCAUGAUGAAAAACAUGAACUUCUUUCCCGUCAAGCCGGCGGAGUAUGGCAAGUUCAUGGUCCUUUCGCUGGGCACCGGCACCGCCAAGGUCGAAGAGAGGUUCGAUGCUGCCAUGUGCAGCAAGUGGGGCCUUCUCGGGUGGCUCUACAAGGGGGGCACCACGCCGAUUAUCGACAGCUUCAGCCAAGCCAGCGUUGAUCUCGUCGAUAUCCAGGCAUCCGUGCUCUUCCAGGCGCUGCACUGUGACUGCGACAGGCGCUACCUCCGGAUCCAGGACGAUGAGCUCACAGGCGAAACGGCCUCCGUCGACGUGUCCACGACGGAGAACCUCAAAAGGCUCAUCGAUGUCGGCAAGGCAUUGCUGAAGAGGCAGGUGUGCAAGGUGAAUAUUGAGACAGGCAAGAACGAGCCUGACCUAGAGAGGGGCACCAACGAGGAGGAACUGACCCAUUUUGCACGCAAGCUGUCGGAAGAGCACAAAGCUAGAUUGUCUUGCGGUGGUGGGUCUCGAAACUUAGAUAUUACUCUAUGA